ACGUCAUGGGAGCGCCCAUAAAGGCGACGCGACGCGACGCGGCCGGCAGCGCCGCUCUUCCUCUUCCAGCGCCGCUGUUGCCGCCAUGGCUGCCGCCACAGCUGGGCCCGCUCCGGAGCCGCUGCGUCAGGGCCCGUUCUGCGGGCAGCCGCCCCGGGAGCCGUCUCCGGAGCCCCCGCGGCCUCCCCGUUCCCCGUGGGGGCCGCCGUCCCCGGAGCUGGGCCGUCUGCUGCGCUCCCUCAGCGCCCCGAGCGGCCGCGCCGUGCCCCCCCCGCCCGGCUUCUCUCCUCGGCACCGCGGGGCCCCCCCCCGGCCUGGCCCGUCCGCAGCCCCCCGACACGGCGCUGCUGGCGCUGGCGGCGCUGACGUUGGGCGCGGACCCCCCCGGGCCCCUCCCGCCGCCGUUCCCGUCCCGCGCGUCGGCUCCGCUCUCCUCCCUCGGCGUGGCGCUGCUGUCUCCGACGUCGCGCGAACCGUCCCAGCCGUCGCCGUCCCCGCCGCAGUCCCCGCUCAGCUUCUCGCUGUCUCCGCCCUCCUCGCCGCCGUCCCCCCUCUACAAGACGGAACUGUGCCGCCCCUUCACCGCUACCGGCCGUUGCCGCUACGGCGCCCGCUGCCAGUUUGCCCACGGCCCCGAGGAGCUGCGGGGGCUCCGCCGCCACCCCAAAUACCGCACGCAGCCGUGCAGCACCUUCCAGCGCUGCGGGACGUGUCCGUACGGCUCCCGCUGCCACUUCCUGCACGGCCCCGCGCCGGCGGAGGGGAGCGCGGGCAGCCCGGGCAGCCCCCACCGCCUCCCGGUGUUUGACCGCAUCUCCGUGUCGGAGUGAGGGAUGCGCCGACGGCCCCUCCACAAAGGAAGGGCGCCCCUCCAACCGCCCCCCUCCACCGGGAACUUUGGGCUGAAGGAGGCGGAGGUGACAGAUGUAGCAUCGCGGGGGGGGGGGGGAGGGGGAGGAUGAGGGGGGCACACUGCACUCUGUCCCGGUGGUAAUAACUGGGAAGGGGAUGGGGGGAGAGAUGAGGCUGGCAGGUCCUGUCGCCCCCACCGCCCCGAUUCUGCCUUUAUUUAUUGCUCACUCAGUGCCUUAGGGGCGUUCCCGUCCCCGAGUGUGGCUUUCUUUUUUUUUUUUUUUUUUGGUGGCCAGAGGUUUUAUAUUGUAUUUAUGUGUUUUGUAAUGGGGGGGGGUGGGGGGGUGAAGGGAAAAUGCUGAUUUUUUUUUUUUCUGUUUGUUUGUUUUUAAAUAAAUAAACGAA